CCCGGAUCACAAUACACUUUCAGACGAUUGCUGUACGACGGCAAAUGCUCACUUCUGGAUUGUGUAUAGAGGGAAUUAAGGAUCGAUCUGAACAUUAUAAUUACCAUUAAUUGUGUCAUGUCAUGCACAUAAAGAUGCAGCUUUCUUGAGGACACGAUAAAAGUCUCGACAACUGUCUAAUGCUGGGAACUUUGCCUGCCCGGCGUAUAACAGUGUAGCAUGGACACAGAAAAAUACUUGCUAAGGAUCGGCUUUGAUGGACCUGCAACACCAACACUUGAGACUCUUAAUCGCAUUCACAGGAGACAUUUGUUGUCUGUACCGUUUGAAAAUUUGACUAUUCACAGUGGCGGCUGGGUGGACUUGGAGCUACAAUGUCUUUAUGAUAAAAUAGUCAACCAACGACGGGGAGGCUUCUGCUACGAGAAUAAUGGCCUGUUCUCGUGGCUACUAUCACAGCUGGGAUUUAAGAUCACUGUCUUGUCGGCUCAAGUCAAGAACCGCAUCACUCGGGUUUACGGGCCUCCGUUUGACCACCUCAUCGUCAUGGUGAUGCUGGAGGGACAGCGAUGGCUCUGUGACGUUGGCUUCGGGGCAGGCUUUGAAAUCCCCAUUUCUUUGGAGACCGAAGAUUCCCAGAAGCAGGAGCAUGGUGUGUUCCGUGUCCGGUGUGAGGGGGAGACCAUGUUCCUGGAAACGGUUGAGGAGGACCAAACCGAAGGGAAGAGCAAGGAAGAGGGCUGGACUGGGCUGUACAAAUUUACCUUGCAGCCUAGGGAAAGGGAGGAUUUCUUAGCGAUGUGUCUCUAUCAUCAGACCUCCCCGAGUUCAAUCUUCUACUGCAAGUCUCUCUGUUCCCUUCUGCUACCCAAUGGACGGGUCACCUACAUGGGACACAAGUUGACGGUCACUAGCUUCCCUUCUGAAGUGGGUGGCCCUAUCUCUAAGACCACCCUGAAGAUAUCAGACAAGGAGAUACCAGAGCUUCUGAGGGAGACAUUUGGAAUGGUGCUCCCUUCUCCCAUAAUCCCAAAAGAUGAGGUCAUUAUUCCACCCGCCUCCAUUUAUUAGCCCACUUUUCCAUCUGGUAUUUGAUGCUUUAAAAAGUAUGGGAGAAUAGGAAGAAAAAUGAACACACGAGGUAUACAAGUAAUAACUGCACACCCUGUGCUGUUAGCAUUCUGGUACCGCUUUCAUGGUGAGUGAAUAGGCUGGGUAUCAGAUCUAAUGUUAACAGAACUACAGCCAAACUACGCGAAAACAUCAACUGUAUUACAUAUUUAUAGAUAUGGUUAGCACUGUGCUAAAUUGUUAGCACUGUCUCCUCACACCUCUGGGGUCUGGGUUCAAGUCUCCAUCAGGGUUCCGUGUGUGGAGUUUUCAUGUUCUCCACCGUGUCGUCGUGAAGUUUCCUCCGGGUGUCUGCAGUCCAAUUGGAAUUGCCAAAUUGCCCAUAGCUGUGAAUGGUGUGUGUGCCCUGCAGUGGGUUGGUGCCCCACCCUGGGUUGUUCCCUGCCUUGUGCCCUGCAGUGGGUUGGUGCCCCACCCUGGGUUGUUCCCUGCCUUGUGCCCUGCAGUGGGUUGGUGCCCCACCCUGGGUUGUUCCCUGCCUUGUGCCCUGCAGUGGGUUGGUGCCCCACCCUGGGUUGUUCCCUGCCUUGUGCCCUGCAGUGGGUUGGUGCCCCACCCUGGGUUGUUCCCUGCAGUGGGUUGGUGCCCCACCCUGGGUUGUUCCCUGCCUUGUGCCCUGCAGUGGGUUGGUGCCCCACCCUGGGUUGUUCCCUGCAGUGGGUUGAUGCCCCACCCUGGGUUGUUCCCUGCCUUGUGCCCUGCAGUGGGUUGGUGCCCCACCCUGGGUUGUUCCCUGCCUUGUGCCCUGCAGUGGGUUGGUGCCCCACCCUGGGUUGUGCCCUGCAGUGGGUUGGUGCCCCACCCUGGGUUGUUCCCUGCCUGGUACUCAUGAGCUUCAGACCCCCUGUGAUCCACAAUAUGAUAGACAGUUUCAGAAAAUGGAUGGACGGUUAGCACUGCUGUCUAACACCUCUGGGACCAGGGUUUGAGUCUCUGUCCCGGUUCUAUGUGGGUUUGCACGUUCUCCCUGUAUCGUCGUGGGAUUUCCUCUAUAUUCAAGGGUUUCCCCCCCACAAAACAAAAAAAUGCUAAGCUGAAUUGGUGUUACCACAUUGCCCAUAGGUAUGAAUGGUGUGUGUGUGUGUGUGUGUGUGUGUGUGUGUGUGUGUGUGUGUGUGUGUGUGUGUGUGCUCUGCGAUGGGCUGGCACCCUGUCCUGGGAAAUCCCCGGCCUUGUGCCUGCAGCUUCUGGGAGAAGCUCCUGACCCAUAAACCUGCAUAGAUGGGAAAUCCAUGCAAUCCUACAUGGUGUUCUGUAAGCAUCAGGAUCUAUUUGCUAAAGUUCUACAGUGCUGCCAGACUCAGGGAUGAGACUGACAUGUAUAAUAUAGAUUAUCCAUCAGUAAUUGUAAAAAAAAAUUAUAAUGCACUUUAUUUUAAGUAAUUGACUAUUUCAAGUUAAAAGUUGUAAAAGGCAUUUUAUAAUUGAUCAUAAGUAUGCAUGUGUUGGCAUAUAAAGCAUAAGUAGACGAUGGGUCACAUCCUAAGGGAGAAAAAUUAAAAUCACUGAAAUCAUAAGCUUGCAUGUCCACAAGUUGAUUAAAGGGACACAUACUGUAUUUUAUAAAUUAGUUUUCCCAAUAUAAAAUGAGUUUUCCCUCAUAUUUCUUGGGUGAAACACAUUUAGGCUGUUCUAUGUGUAAUGGCAUGCAGAUUUCACUACAUUUAAAAUGACUGAUUCCAAAUAAGCCAUUACAAAUUCAAAUGAUCUUAAGCUUUUUAUAGCCAUACAUAAAACUGAGCACACGUUCAGCUUUAAAAGUAGCCAGAAUAUCCAGCAGAAGAUCCAGCAGUAACAGAAAGUCACAAAACAAUUCACAGACCUAAAAUCAACAGAUUAUCAUAUGUGGUAUGCAUGUGUUUAUUGACCUAUUUAAUGAAAAAUGCAUUUAGUAUUUACCAAAUGCCACUUCCAAAAUGGUGCAAGGAUAAAUAUUCCAUUUCCAUGAGUAUUUUUACACUCCCUUAGGAUUUAAAAAAAUGUCUUAAAUAUGACCACCCUGCACUAGCAGACUUGUCCCUAGUAAUGUCCUUCUCUGAGGAACUGAAGGUGGUCACACAGCCUCGUAAGCAGCGGUACAAUCUAGCGUCAGAUCACAACUUUAACAUGCAUCAGAGGACUAACUUAGACAAGUCCUUCUGUCUAAUGAACCGUAACAAACAACAGCCCAAGAGUGGUCUAGAUUUAUCAAGAACUAAACAUCGUUUCAAAUUUGUUAAAACAAGGGAAACUGAAAUGGAAAAAAUGUUUGUAUUUAAUUCACAAACUUCAAUGUGUAAUAAAUAUCAAAUUAUAACCA